CACCCUCUUAGGUUUUGGCUAAUGCUAAUGGCCCGGAACGGUAAAGCAGUACUCCGAAGAUGGCCGGGGUGUUUGAGGUGGAGGUUGAUGGUGUAGAGCACGACCAUGGGCUACAGCACCACGAUGAGCCGCACGGGUUUGAUGUGUCCAAGCUUUCACCAGAAGAGAAGUGGAGGGUGGAGCAUGCGAGGAUGCACGCCAAACACAAAGGUCAUGAGGCCAUGCACGCAGAGAUGGUGCUGAUCCUCAUAGUCACACUUGUCGUCGCACAGCUAGUCCUCGUGCAAUGGAAACAGAGACAUCCAAAGUCAUACAAUCUGGUGACUCUGUUCCAGAUGUGGGUAGUUCCGCUCUACUUUACUACCAAACUGCACUGGUGGAGGUUCCUGACCACGUGGUUUAUCUUCUCUGUCAUCACAGCGUACAUCUCUUUCCGUGCCACUCGCAAGCCACUGGCCUGCACCACACCGAGGUUGGUGUAUAAGUGGUUCCUCCUUCUCUACAAAAUCAGCUAUGCCACAGGAAUAGUCGGCUAUAGUGUCGUCAUGUUUACACUCUUUGGUAUAAACCUAAUAUUCAGGAUAAAACCAGAGGAUGCGAUGGACUUUGGCGUUUCACUGCUUUUCUACGGUCUGUACUACGGCGUCCUGGGAAGGGACUUUGCAGAGAUGUGUGCAGACUUCAUGGCUUCAACUGUUGGGUAUUACAGUUCAUCUGGCAUGCCAACCAAGCACCUCUCUGACAAUAUCUGUGCUGUGUGCGGUCAGCCCAUCCUUGUAGAUGUCAGUGAGGAGGGGAUUAUUGAAAACACGUACAGAUUAUCCUGCAACCAUGUGUUCCAUGAGUUUUGCAUAAGAGGAUGGUGUAUCGUGGGAAAAAAGCAGAUGUGCCCGUACUGCAAAGAGAAGGUGGAUCUGAAGAGGAUGUUCAGUAAUCCUUGGGAGAGGCCACAUGUCAUGUACGGACAACUUUUAGACUGGCUUCGGUAUUUGGUGGCCUGGCAGCCUGUUAUUAUUGGAUUUGUGCAAGGGAUCAACUACGUCCUGGGUCUGGAGUGACCUGCGACUGUCAGAAAUGGACUCGCACACGCCAUACGGAGAUGAUAUGCACUGGCUCAAAAGACUGAGGGCCUAACAUUGAACUAAAACACCAAUUAAAAGUGUCUAUACUUUUUGUAUAUA